UUCAGCCCUGCCCACCUUCUAAGGGGCUCCCAUUCAUUCUGGGCCAAAAGGGAACUGCCGCCCUCGCCCCCAAACUGUUGUAACCUCGUGGGCGCCGGGGGUGUCAGUACUGAAGUGAAGGGACCAUUUGGCUAAAGAUAGCUCUGGGGAUGGGCAGGAGAAGGGGCAGAGAUGGACAGUUCUGGGCCUAGGAGUGCCUCGUCUUCAGGCGAGGGUCUGGGGACCCUGGAUGAAGUUUUGCUACUUCCAGAGUGACUGUCCGGGUGCACAGAAUCAAAUUCUGGAAGACAGAGUCAGGAUCUGGAAGCCGGAGGAUUAGGUCGAGUCCAGGCACUGCCCGAGCCAGCAGAGCCGCCGGAGCCGCGGGCCGCCGGGGCGUCGCGGGCCCAACCCCAGGAUGCUCCCCUUCGCCUCCUGCCUCCCCGGGUCUCUACUGCUCUGGGCGCUGCUGCUGUUGCUCUUGGGGGCAGCGUCUCCCCAGGAUUCGGAGGAGCCCGACAGCUACACGGAAUGUACAGAUGGCUAUGAGUGGGACCCCGACAGCCAGCACUGCCGGGAUGUCAACGAGUGCCUAACCAUCCCCGAGGCCUGCAAGGGGGAAAUGAAAUGCAUCAACCACUAUGGGGGCUAUUUAUGCCUACCCCGCUCCGCGGCCGUCAUCAACGACUUGCAUGGCGAGGGUCCACCACCACCAGUGCCCCCUGCUGAACACACCAACCCCUGCCCACCAGGCUAUGAGCCUGAUGAGCAAGAAAGCUGUGUGGACGUGGAUGAGUGUGCGCAGGCCCUGCAUGACUGCCGCCCCAGCCAGCAGUGUCAUAACCUGCCUGGCUCCUACCAGUGCACCUGCCCUGAUGGUUACCGAAAGAUUGGGCCUGAAUGUGUGGAUAUAGAUGAAUGCCGCUACCGCUACUGCCAGCACCGCUGCGUGAACCUGCCUGGCUCCUUCCGCUGCCAGUGUGAGCCUGGCUUCCAGCUGGGGCCCAACAACCGCUCCUGUGUGGAUGUGAAUGAAUGUGACAUGGGGGCUCCAUGCGAACAGCGUUGCUUCAACUCCUAUGGGACCUUCCUGUGUCGCUGCCACCAGGGCUACGAGCUGCACCGGGAUGGCUUCUCCUGCAGUGAUAUCGAUGAGUGCAGCUACUCCAGUUACCUCUGCCAGUACCGCUGCAUCAAUGAGCCAGGCCGCUUCUCCUGCCACUGCCCGCAGGGCUACCAGCUGCUGGCCACACGCCUCUGCCAAGACAUUGACGAGUGCGAGUUGGGGGCGCACCAGUGCCCUGAGGCCCAAACCUGUGUCAACUUCCAUGGAGGCUACCGCUGUGUUGACACCAACCGCUGUGUUGAGCCCUACGUCCAGGUGUCUGACAAUCGCUGCCUCUGUCUGGCCUCCAACCCCCUGUGCCGGGAGCAGCCUUCAUCCAUCGUGCAUCGCUACAUGAGCAUCACCUCCGAGCGGAGCGUGCCUGCCGAUGUGUUCCAGAUCCAAGCGACCUCUGUGUACCCUGGGGCUUACAACGCCUUUCAGAUCCGUGCCGGAAAUUCGCAGGGGGACUUCUACAUCAGGCAAAUCAACAACGUCAGCGCCAUGCUGGUCCUCGCCCGGCCGGUGACAGGCCCCCGGGAGUACGUGUUGGACCUCGAGAUGGUCACCAUGAACUCCCUCAUGAGCUACCGGGCCAGCUCUGUACUGAGACUCACCGUCUUCGUGGGGGCCUAUACCUUCUGAGGAGUGGGUGGGGGAGCCCUCAGGGAGGGGGCAGUUCCCUGUAGCUGAGGAGCCUGGGGCUCAGGGAUGACUUGUGUUCUGCUAAAAGGGGAGAUGCUGUUGUGAAAGGUAGACAGAGAAAGGCAAUAAAGGGAGAAAGAAGGA